AUGCACCUGGCGUUGAUAGUUUCGCUGUCCAGUUCGCUGAUACAAUUUCAGAAAGUCGAAGACUAUCACAAAAGAUAUGGACCCAUAGUUCGAAUUGGUCCUAAUGAAGUCUCAGUCGCUGGGUGGCAACAUCUUCGAUCCAUCUAUACAAGCAGCAAAAUCGCGGUUAAGGACCCCUCAUUCUACCAAGCCGCGUCUUUUAUUGGGAAAAACAAUAUAUUCCAGAUGCUCAGUCCACCCUAUUCCCUUCAGUCGGUCGGCAGACUGGAUCCUUUGAUCCGGCAGUGCGCAAAAAGAAUGGUGCAGCGAUUCAUUACUGGCGCUAGUGCUGCAGCGACACAUACAGUCGACGUAUACAAGCUUUGCGGUCUUUUCAGCUUCGAGGCCAUUUGCCAAGCUGCAUUCGCGAAAGAUUUCAGUCAGGAUGCGAACAGCCAAGCAGCGGUCAAGCUGUUAGAAGCCAUGGAGGGCAGUGCACUUACACUCAUUUUCAACAAUGUCUUCCCGUGGCUCAAAUCAUACGGCCUAGGGCUGCGGCUCCCAGGAUUCGUUGGAGACGUUUACCGGAAAUUCGAUUAUUGGGAACAACAGUCACGUUUACUUGUGGAUCACUUCCUUGAGAAGUCGGCUUCUAAUGACCAAUACCUCCUCUCGCCUCUUGCAACGGGCGUUGAUACCUUCCUUGGGCGUAGAUUGAACCAUGAUGAGCUUGUAGAGGAAGCGAUGGGAUACAUGUUUGCCGGCAGUGGAACAACAUCUUCGACCCUAACUUAUCUCUUAUACGCAGUAUCUCUGCCUGAAAAUGCGCACAUUCAAGAGCGAUUGCGGGAGGAACUGAAGAGCUCGUCUACUCAGGAUACUGCAGUGCUUCGUCAACUACCUUAUCUGAACGCCGUAAUCAAAGAAACGAUGCGCUUGUUUCCUACGAUCGUUUCCACCAUUCCUCGCGUUCUUCUCGAGCCAUUGAAGAUAUAUACCUAUAUUCUACCUAAAGGUACUGUCAUUGGAAUGCAGAACUGGGUACAUCAUCGGGACCCUACAGUUUUCCCCCAACCUGAACACUUCAUCCCAGACCGUUAG